GGGGGCAGACCUUCCGAUAGAACGCGAUCGGAGCUCGUGACGUUGAGCUGAUACGGUGAGAGAGGGAGAGUACAGAUAGCGUGACGCGCCUGUUUUCCACGUCGUGCGUUUAUGUGGAGGCCCAGUAGCUGAACCACCGAGCCCCCGACUGAGUCCGAGCCCCCGACUGAGUGCGACAGCACAGCAGCUGUCAAGACGCGUCCAUUUACGAGGAGGAAUCUCUUCGGGACUGCAAGGAAGGUGCGUGUUGAAAAGCACUGUCACUGUCUGACUUUCGCGUUUACAGCCUUCGUGUGCACGGCUAGCGCGAGACCAUGAAGCCGUCCCUGCUGACGCUGCUGCUGCUCGGCGCCUGCUGCUUUUUACCGGGCUACCGAAGUGCGCCAGGGCACCUUCGCUGGGGCGCGCUGAGGAAAUUCAUGGGAGGCGAGUUUCUGAAAACUGAAUGGCUGACGCAGCAACUUGAGCAGGAUCUGGCUCCACUCAGAACUGGCAUUGGCAUUCCAUACUGCAGCGCCUGCAAGGUGUCUACAGCCACGGUGCGGGAGUACUUGCAAGCAGGCUUGCCGGAGUCUGUCAUCAGCGGCUUCCUGCAGGGAGCCUGCCACAGUCUGGGCAUUGAAACUUCUCGUGUCUGUGCCGGACUCGUCGAGCUUUUCAAGGACGAGUUCUUCUAUGUGCUAGGCCACACAACAAUGAGCCCGGCUGAGAUUUGCGGCAUAGUCUUCCCGGACGAGUGUCCACCUGCCGGUGUUCUCAACUGGAGCGUGCCGUUGCCACCGAGACCGAAGCCUCCCGUCAGGCCCGUGCCGCUGCCUAAGGAGGGGGCGCCGACUCUGCGCGUGCUGCACAUUAGCGACACGCACGUGGAUCCCGAGUACAGCGAAGGCAGCGAGGCUGACUGCAACGAGCCCCUGUGCUGCCACGCGGGAGAUGUACCCGCGCCCAGCGGACGGCGAAGGAAGGCGGGCCACUGGGGCGCAUUCCAAACGUGCGAUAUUCCACCGAGGACCUUCGAGAACAUGCUCAAGACAGUCAGGGACACGCAGAAGAUCGACUACGUCAUCUGGACGGGGGACAUGGUGGCGCACGACGUGUGGAACACGUCACGGGCGGGUAACCUGGACAUCAUGGAGUACACGGUCAAGUCCCUCGAGAAGUACCUGCCGGGAGUUCCCAUUUACCCGGCGCUGGGCAAUCACGAGGGAAACCCAGUAGACAGCUUCCCCAUCCCAGCAGUGAAAGGCAAGCGGUCUGUGGAUUGGCUCUACACAGCACUGGCGUCGCAAUGGUCGCAGUGGCUGCCUGCAUCAGCGUCUGUGACCAUGCGAAGAGGAGCCUUCUAUGCCAUUACGCCAUUUCCUGGGUUGAAGAUAAUUUCUCUCAACAUGAACUACUGCAACACACUGAACUGGUGGCUUCUGCUGGACCCUAGAGACCCCGCCGAGCAGCUUGCUUUCCUUGUCAGUGAGCUCCAGGAGUCCGAAAUCAAGGGCCAAAAGGUUCACAUCAUUGGCCACAUUCCGCCUGGACAAGAGGACUGCCUGCAGGUCUGGAGUGACAACUACAACCGUAUUAUCGAAAGGUACGAGUCGACGGUGCGGGCCCAGUUUUUCGGGCACACGCACAAGGAUGAACUGGAGCUCUUCUACGAGCCUGCUCGUGAGCACUACCGGGGAAGGAGGCCGUUCUCAGUAGCCUACGUCGCGCCCAGCACCACCACGUUCAACUCGGGUCACCCCGCCUACCGCGUGUACGUCGUCGACGGAAACUACGCCAACAGCACGUGGGCUGUGUUGGACCACGAGACGUACUUAAUGAACCUGACCGAGGCAAACGUGGACCCCCCACGAGAGCCUCGCUGGCAUCUGGAGUACGCGGCAAAGGCGGAGUUCGGCAUGCAGUCCCUGGAGCCAGCCGCAUGGGACGACCUGCUAAACAAAAUGGAACUCGACGACAAGCUGUUCGACAAGUUCUACAGGUUCUACGGUAAACAGGACCCCACAGCGAAGCCAUGCAACAACGUCUGUCGGAAAAGGUUCCUCUGCAAGCAACGCACAUCCAAGUCGUCCGACUUGAAGGCCUGUCGAUAACCCAAGAGUUAUAGGAGUGUGCUGAUGUUACGGUCAGCAAGUGCAGGGAGAGAUGUGUCUAAUAAAACUGCUAAACCCUA